AGCCAUCUUUAACCUCGGGACAGCUUGCCUUGGCUAUACUGGCUUUGGGAGCAUGUAAAGCACCUGGUGGAAUGUCUAUAAAUUAUUCUGAACUGGUCAAAAGACUAGGAAAUAAAUACAAAGCAGAAAUCAGAAAUAUGGAAGAUCAUAAUGGUAAUCCACUGACUAACUACUACCAGCUCAGCCUGGACAUUUUGGCCUUGUGUCUGUUCAGUGGGAAUUACUCAAUCACUGAAGUUGCUAAAUUCCUCAAUCCUGAAAAUAAAAAUUACUAUUUUCAUGGACAGUUCUCAGUAGAUACUGGUGCGAUGGCUGUCCUGGCUCUGACUUGUGUGAAGAACAAAACAAGAGGGCAGAAACAAAUAGAUAGAAAGGAUAUAGAGAAUAUUAAUAAUUAUACAGAGUCACUGAUAAACAAGAUUCUGUCUCAGAAAACAGAAAAUGGUCUCCUCGGAAACAUAUAUAGUACAGGAGAAGCUAUGCAGGCUCUCUUUGUCUCACCCAACUAUUACAACGAAAAUCAAUGGGUUUGCGAAAAAACACGGGACACAGUGCUCACAGAAAUUUCUCGAGGAGCAUUCCGUAUCCCAACUGCUGCAGCUCAAAUCUUACCAGCCCUAAUGGGAAAGACCUACCUGGAUGUUAACAAAGACUCUUCCUGUGUCUACGGCUCAGAUUCCUUCCCCACUUCCACUCAGGAGCCUAUUAUAUCAGUGACACCUGCUGUCUCACCUUCACAAAUCCAAGUAAAUUACUCUGUGGUAAUUGAUAACAGAAAAGAUCGCAUUGUGGUCUCUGUGACAGAUGGUUCUGUCUUCCUAAAUGUGAUGGAACAAGCUCAGAAAGAAAAUCCAACUCUAUUUAGGUUCAAAACAAAGGAGACCGCAUGGGGCCCCUACAUCAUCAGUGUUCAGGGCAUAGAGGCCAGCACUAAUGACAGGACCUACUGGGAGCUCCGGAGCAAUGGUGAACCCCUGAGCCAAGGAGCUGGUAGUUAUGUUGUCCAUGCAGGAGAUGAUUUGGAGGUUCGCUGGAGCACAUACUAAUAAAUUUAAACAGUGGACUUACAGGCAGAGAUUGGCCUCAUAAAUUCCUUUUCUCUCAUCUCCAUUUCAAUAGGAGCAUCAAUAACCUCCCCUUCUCUCUUUAUGUGUUCAAUAAAAGAUCAACAACAAUACA